AUGGCGAGCCGUCAUUGGUCGGCAACUACCACGUGAACAGGCUACGAUGGAGGUUCACGACGUCCACCACGGAUCCACGAUCGCACAGUCAGCUGCCUAAGGUCCGGUUGGCCAGUCGCAGCCAGCAAAAGUUCUUCUCAAGGUAGACGGGUAUAGCAGCCAGGUACCACGAUGGCGGACGAUGAGAGGAAACGUCUCGAGGAUGAAAAGAAGAGGAAACAGGCGGAGACCGACAGAAAGAGGGCGGAGGUCCGCGCCCGCCUUGAAGAGGCUUCCAAAGCCAAGAAGGCGAAGAAGGGUUUCAUGACCCCUGACAGGAAGAAGAAGCUCAGGUUGUUGCUGCGUAAGAAAGCCGCGGAGGAAUUGAAGAAGGAACAAGAGAGAAAAGCGGCCGAGAGGAGACGCAUCAUCGAGGAGCGUUGCGGAAAGCCGAAGAACGUCGACGACGCGAGCGAAGAAACCGUGAAGCGCGUGCUGCGCGAGUACCACAAUAGGAUCACAGCAUUGGAGGAUCAAAAAUUCGACUUCGAAUAUAUUGUUAAGAAGAAGGACUACGAGAUCGCGGACUUGAACAGCCAAGUGAACGACCUCCGAGGUAAAUUCAUGAAACCCACGCUGAAGAAAGUCUCCAAGUACGAGAACAAGUUCGCCAAGCUUCAGAAGAAGGCGGCCGAAUUCAACUUCCGCAACCAGCUUAAACAGGUUAAGAAGAAGGAGUUCACCCUCGAGGAAGAGGACAAGGAGAACGCGUCAAAAGAUAAGAAGAAACCCGACUGGUCGAAGAAGGGCGAGGAAAAGAAGGAACCAGCUCCGGAACCAACACCGGAACCUGAACCACCAGCACCAUCGCCACAGCCAGAACCAACGCCACCAGCACCUCCAGUAGCUGCUCCAACGCCAUCGCCAGAACCACCAGCACCGGCACCCCCAGCCGAGGCUGCUCCACCAGCUGCAGCACCGCCUGCCGAAGGUGCUCCACCUGCGGAAGGAGCACCGGCACCUCCUGCGGAGGGUGCUGCACCCCCAGCUGGCGCGCCAGCACCAGCGGAAGGAGCUCCAGCAGCACCACCAGCCGAAGGAGCAGCGCCUCCUGCAGAAGGUGCGCCAGCUGCACCAGCAGCACCACCAGCCGAAGGAGCUGCACCUCCAGCAGAAGCAGCGCCAGCACCCGCGCCCGCUGAAGCUAAGGUAGUAAGGUUGACGGUAAAAGUUGCAAUGAGAGUGCGGCCCAAAGGUCCGAUAAUCGGUUCGAAAUUCAUCACGUACGCACCGGCAUCGUAACUUCGUCGAAGUUGGAACGGACGAAGGGUCACCUCGCUA